AGCAGACAGCUUGAGGGAGAGCGAGAGGGUUUUAGAGAGAUAAAGAUGUUGGGAAGGAGGUUGAUUUCCUUUCUGAAAAGGUCUCCAGCAUCCCCAGUUUCCAGUUCUGUAAAGUCUGGGGAGGAAGGAGAGGGCAAGGGCUUUGGACGUAAGGCAGUGUCUUUCGUCUUGCUUACUCUUUCAGGUGGUGUUGCCUUGAGUGCUCUUGAUGACCUUACUAUUUAUUAUGGCUGUACAAGCAAGGCCAUGGAAAAAGCCAGCAAGAAUCAGAUUCUCAUAGAUGCUAUUGGAGAACCUAUUGUUAGAGGUCCAUGGUACAAUGCAUCACUUGCAGUGGCUCAUAAGAGGCAUUCUGUAUCUUGCACGUUUCCUGUGUCUGGACCACAAGGCACUGGAAUCUUCCAGUUGAAGGCAGUUCGUAAUGGAGAUGACACCUGGUAUUCAUUUUUGCGGUCUCGUGACUGGGAGAUUCUAAUCAUGGAAGCCCUUCUCCAUGUCCCUGCGAAUGAAGAAAAACAACAAACUUUUCGGAUUAGUCUCUUGGACAACCUUUCUACUCCAGCUCCUAAGGCCUGCACUGAUUGCCAGGCUCAAAGAUCGGAGGCUCCUGAGAAGAAAUGAAAUUCCAUUCCAUCAGAAUUCAAGAAUGUUUCCCUUCUUUGCCUUUUGCUAUUCAAUGCAAGGCCUGAUUCUUUCAAAUCCAUUAUAAACUGAUUGGGGAGAACCUUCCCAGUUGAUGUGUUCAUCUGAAUAAAUUGUGACACAUUUUGUAAUGUUUUUAAAGUAGAGGAGUAAUUCUAUGAUCGGGAGCAA